AUGGCCGAUGGAUCCAAGAUUCGCGCAGCCUUUCUGCCGCUGAAAAACCUCGUGCUCGCAGCGCUGCUCUAUGCGACCAUAUUUGGACUCAUCAGCCUCGUGAGCGACCCCAGCGGCGCAGCCAGAGGCAAGAUUGGCAUUCCCGCCUUCCUGGACAAGGCUGGCCCUACCGAGUUGAUCGAGUCGACAAAGUCGGGCAAGAAGGUCAAGUUUGCAGGCACCUCCAAGACGGUCAAUAUCAACCCGUACGCCAAUGUCUUCAACCGUCCACCCACCGCGGUCAAGAUUAGGGAUGACUACCUGGGUCCGCGGCCACAUGUCGACACCGAAGCCGACUUGGACAUGCUAAUCGAAGAGUGCAGAGGCACCUACGCUGGCCUCGAGAAUAUGAGGAAGCCCGAGCAAGCACAAGGGAUCCCCGCAAAGCAGAUUACAUCAACGCAGACGGGCACGGCAAGACGUUAG